AUGGACCAGGAUCAUCAUGUCGCCAAAGAUGUAAACGUCACAGAUGGGAUGCCGAUUGAAGACGAUCCUAAACUCGCCGUCCGUAAGUCCUACGACAAGAUCGCCAGCAUAUACCUCAAAUGGACCGAAGCAAAAACUUCUCCCCGUCCCGCGUAUAUAGACAAACUCCUAUCAAGACUACACGCGCCAUCAACGGCUCAUAUCCUCGAGCUAGGCUGCGGCGCCGGCAUGCCUGUCACAAAGCAUCUAUCUGAACGAUGCACAAACGUUGUGGCAAAUGACAUCUCGGAGACACAGAUCGAACUCGCACGUUCUCAUUUGUCAAAUACCAGGAAUAUCCAAUUCAUCCGCGACGAUAUGACGGAUCUCACUUUUCCGCCCAAUACAUUUGACGCUGUGGUAGCAUUUUAUUCCCUGAUCCACCUCCCCCGGCACGAGCAAGUGGAAAUGCUGAUAAAAAUCUCAACUUGGUUGAAGCACGGUGGAUAUCUGGUAUGUAAUUUGGGAGCGAGUGAUGAUCCAGGUUCAAGUAAAGAAUGGUUAGGUGGCGGGAGGAUGUAUUGGAGUAGCUUUGACACGGUGACCAGUUUGAAGUGGAUGGAUGAAGCGGACUUUUAUGAUGUCGAGAGUGAGGUGGUAGUCGACGACGAGGAUGGGAAGAAAGUAUCGUUUUUGUGGGUUUUCGCUAAAAAGCAAGAAAAGGUUCAGGAAGAUGGUUGA